AUCUCUUUCCAGCUCCAGAUUGUGAAGGGUUCUUGAGUAAGCAGCGUGUCUCCGUCCCUCUCUCUAGGGGCUCUUGGAGGGACCUUGCACUCUAGAAGGAACAAUGGACUUCUGGCUUUGGCCACUUUACUUCCUGCCAGUAUCGGGGGCCCUGAGGAUCCUCCCAGAAGUAAAGGUAGAGGGGGAGCUGGGUGGAUCAGUUACCAUCAAGUGCCCACUUCCUGAAAUGCAUGUGAGGAUAUAUCUGUGCCGGGAGAUGGCUGCAUCUGGAACAUGUGGUACCGUGGUAUCCACCACCAACUUCAUCAAGGCGGAAUACAAGGGCCGAGUCACUCUGAAGCAAUACCCACACAAGAAUCUGUUCCUAGUGGAGGUAACACAGCUGACCGAAAGUGACAGCGGAGUCUACGCCUGUGGAGCGGGCAUGAACACAGACCGAGGAAAGACCCAGAAAGUCACCCUGAAUGUCCACAGUGAAUACGAGCCAUCAUGGGAAGAGCAGCCAAUGCCUGAGACUCCAAAAUGGUUUCAUCUGCCCUAUUUGUUCCAGAUGCCUGCAUAUGCCAGUUCUUCCAAAUUCGUAACCAGAGUUACCACGCCAGCUCAAAGGACCAAGGUCCCUCCAGUCCACUACUCCUCCCCCACCACCCAAAUCACCCACCGCCCUCGAGUGUCCAGAGCAUCUUCAGUAGCAAGUGACAAGCCCCCAACCUUCCUGCCAUCCACUACAGCCUCAAAAAUCUCAGCUCUGGAGGGGCUGCUCAAGCCCCAGAUGCCCAGCUACAACCACCACACCAGGCUGCACAGGCAGAGAGCAUUGGACUAUGGCUCACAGUCUGGGAGGGAAGGCCAAGGAUUUCACAUCCUGAUCCCGACCAUCCUGGGCCUUUUCCUGCUGGCACUUCUGGGGCUGGUGGUGAAAAGGGCUGUUGAAAGGAGGAAAGCCCUCUCCAGGCGGGCCCGCCGACUGGCCGUGAGGAUGCGCGCCCUGGAGAGCUCCCAGAGGCCCCGCGGGUCGCCACGACCGCGCUCCCAAAACAACAUCUACAGCGCCUGCCCGCGGCGCGCUCGUGGAGCGGACGCUGCAGGCACGGGGGAGGCCCCCGUUCCAGGCCCCGGAGCGCCGUUGCCCCCCGCCCCGCUGCAGGUGUCUGAAUCUCCCUGGCUCCAUGCCCCAUCUCUGAAGACCAGCUGUGUAUACGUGAGCCUCUACCACCAGCCUGCCACCAUGAUGGAGGACAGUGAUUCAGAUGACUACAUCAAUGUUCCUGCCUGACAACUCCCCAGCUGUUCCCCAACCCCAGGCUCAGGCUGUGGUACCAAGGAGUCUCAUCUGUCUGCUGAUGUCCAAUACCUGCUUCAUGUGUUCUCAGAGCCCUUAUCACUUCCCAUGCCCCAUCUCAACUCCCAUCCCCAUCUAUCUGUGCCCUGAGCAUGGCUCUGCCCCCAGGUCCUCUUGCACACCUUGACAGCGCCCCGUAGUUGACAGGUAAGCUGUAGGCAUGCAUAGCAAUUGUCCCAAUGCCACUUGUUUCCUUUCCAAGCUGUCAAACAGGCUGUGGGAUUUGCAGAGCGUUUCUUCCAUAUCUUUGACCACAGGGUUGUUGAUGCCCAGGCUCUAGAUCACAUGGCUUCAGGCUGGGGCAGAGGCAUAGCUAUUGUCUCGGGCAUCCUUCCCAGGGUUGGGUCUUACACAAAUAGAAGGUUCUUGCUCUGAGUUAUGUGACAUGCCUCAGCCCCAUAGACUAAGCAGGGGUCUGGUAUAAAAACACUCCUGGAAACACCUUUGCCCUGAUCCAAAUGUUAGCACUUGCUAGUGGACGUCUACUUAUCUCAAGUUCUAUGCUAAAGGCAAUUUAUCUUGAUGUGAUGAUAAACCAAACUUAUUAGCGAGAUAUGCAUAUAUAUCCAUAAAUUCUCUUUACUCUGUCUCCAUCACUCGAUGCACAUAAGUGCCCUGACCUCAGCAUCUCCCCUCU